AUGCAGUUCUUGGUGUUCGUCAGCGUGGUCGCGGGCUUCAUCUUGGGCGCUUUCGUCAUGAUAUCCUUGGAGUUAUUUGGCUUCUACAAAGCGGUGAAGCUCCCGCCUAGGCCUCGCACCAAGCCUUUCACCAAGUUCCUCCCGAUUCAUUUGCCUCAGAAGCUGCUGCGGCUGGUGCAACCCGGAAACUGGAGCAAGCAGCGAGGCUUCCUCAUCGUAGCCAACCUCUUGGCGCAGUUCCUCUUUCGGGAAUGGAAGGACAGCAUCUUUUUGCGCAGGUUGCUUCUGAGUGCCAUAAGCAAGGGACUCCAGGAUGCUCAGCGUGGUGCUGCCGGAAAGAUAUUCGAGCGAAUCCAACUACGCGAGUUUGACCUCGGCAGCGAUUUCCUUACGUUCACGAAGAUAUCCGUCGACGACGUCAUUCUCCAUGACACUUGGAAAACGCUCGAGGAAGUGGACAUCUUCAUCAGCCUGGACUACGCCGGCGGCGUGACCCUCGCUGUGGACGCCGAGCUCAUCAUCGGCGGCGUGGCUUCACUGGCGGUCAAGGUGAACCACUUCUCGGCCAAGAGCCGCCUGCAGUUCUCCAGGAAGCCCUACACGCACUGGUCGUUCGCCUUUUACGAGGAACCAAAGAUCUUGAUAUCUGUGGAAUCCUCGCUCCAGGGCCAGAGCUUCCCACAGAUUGCUAACAUCAUCUCGUCGACGAUCAAGCGGACGCUGCGCAUCAAGCACACGAUUCCCAGCUACAAGAUACGCAUCAAGCCGUUCGUCCUGCUGCCGGACUUGCGCAUCGCGGCACCGCUUCAGGAGAAGAUCAGCCAGAGCGGCAAGCUCGAGAUCACGGUGGUCGAAUGUUCGAGGCUCGUGCUCUGCGAGGGAUCCUUCCAACUCUACUGCAUGGUCUCCAUCGAGGACUCGCAGUGGAUCAACGUGGACAACAUUGUCGGCACAUCCUGGAUUCCCAUCGAACUGGAAAUAAACAAGGAGAGGGGUCAGGCCACCGGAGUCGAACUCAAGGAGAAAUUAAUCGAAGGAAGGUUUCGAGAGUGUGUCGUCGUGGACACCAUAGCGCCGAACUCACCCUUCGCAGCCGGCGGGCUUAUUGAGGGAGACAUCGUGGUGUCAAUCAAAGGCACUGACGUCACGGAAAUUAAGCAAGCCUACAAGCUCUUGGCCAAGCACGGUGAAAAAAUCACGAUGAAAGUAGAGAGGAAGUCUGAAUUCAAGUGGCACAAGCAAGCCGCACAGGAACAGAAAGGCCAAGCCCAUAAGCCUGGUGAACAGUCGGCGACAGCUCAUGGAACAUCCGCGAUAGAGGACACCAAGACAAAAAACACCAUCGUGACCACAAAGACGACACUGGCAAGCCUGCUUGGUACUCAAAAGGUCAAGAAAAUCGGAGACAGCGAGGAAAUUCAGGCCCGCGCGAAAUCUAAGAACCAGCCCCUCGAGCGUACUCAGUUCGUCCUGUCCACAAGAGACCCUGUCUUCCUGGACAAGUUCACGUUCGAUAUAAAGAACAACUUGAAGUACAUCAACAUCGGCAUCUUCAGCAAGGGCCAGAUUAUCAGCCUACAUGGCAUGAAGAAUAGACCCUCUGACACCAUGCUGGCUUAUAAUAGCAUCCCACUCACGUACGUUCUGGACGAAUGUCAGAAGACUACGCAGGGAUUCUUCGGGCCGGUGAUCAAGUUGCUCUGUCCCGAAUUCCAGCAACUGCCCAAGGAUCUCGUCAAGUACUCCACGCUCAACGGUUUUGACCCACGGCUGUGUUACGGUGACAUUACGCUUCACUUUGUCUUCAAAGGAGAAUACAAAUUCAAGGGCGGUCCCCAGCAGGACGUGGAAGAAAUGCACGACCUUAUGGGACUUGAAUCUAGCUGGUCAUCCUCUAUGAAAACUCAAGCAACGAAAAACUUGGCCCAUCAUUUCGAGGACGUCACUCUGAAGAAGAUCAUUGUAUGCAAGUAUUGUGACAACCGGAUCUGGCUGGGUUACGGAUGCCGGUGCAAAGAGUGCAACAUGAUCGUGCACACCAAGUGCCGCCCCCUGGCGCAGCAGAAAACGUUGUGCAAGCAGAAAAUCUGGCCGGAUGAGGACGCCGUUGAGACCGGUGAGAAUCUGUCGCCUUCUUUGGCGGCACGAAAAGGUGCCAAGGCUGAAAGCAUCAUGAGCCCGAAAUCUAAGAUGUCCAUGGCGUCAAGGAUGUUUCACGGAGCCACAAAUGAGGGUGGCCAACCGAAGGCCCCUCACGCGCCUCUUACCGAGCCGGAUCGCGAGUUCUUCCGCAAGCUCGAGAUGUCGGACACGGCGAGCGGCCUCAACCGCGCGCUCAAGUACCUCGAAUCGAAGCAGUACGGCCUGCGCAUGUACGCCGUCGCCGUCGAAGAGGCCAAGCACAUACACGAAGACCUGCCGCCCGACCAGCGCACCGGGCGAGUGCGCCAGGUGUAUCACCGUGUGAAAGCCGAGUACGAAAAGGAGAAAGAGGAGCGAGAGAAGGCACAGGCUCGAGCCAAGGCGCACCCGGACGAUGCGGGAUCGGCGGCGCAGAUUGCCGCCGCCGAAGAGCGUCUCAAGAACAUCAACCUGCUGCUACUUUACUACGCUUCGGGACUGAAGCACAUCUACGAAGAACACGAUACGAAGAAGGCUUGA